GACCAGCGCGAUGUUUGUGUUGUCAGGCGGAUACGCGGCUCGUGCUCGUCGGAAGCAUCACUUCGCGCACGCGCUUUGCGUCAGGGUAGUUCCAUAGCAACCGUAAAGAACAACAUGGCAAAAGCAACAACUAUUAAAGAGGCCCUGGUGAAAUGGGAGGAGAAAACAGGUGAAAAAGCAGGCGAGGCCACGGCUGUAAAGCUUUAUGGUCAGAUCCCUCCCAUUGAAAAAAUGGAUGCGUCUCUUUCUAAUCUUGUCAACUGCGAGAAAUUAUCCCUGUCUACAAACUGUAUUGAAAAAAUUGCCAACUUGAAUGGUCUAAAGAACCUUAAGAUAUUGUCCUUGGGCCGGAAUAACAUCAAAAACCUUAAUGGACUUGAGGCAGUAGGUGAUACUCUGGAGGAGCUGUGGAUCUCUUAUAACCUCAUAGAAAAACUGAAGGGAAUUCACGUCAUGAAGAAACUCAAAGUGUUAUACAUGUCCAAUAACUUGGUCAAGGAGUGGGGGGAGUUUCUGAAGCUGGCAGAUCUUCCAUCAUUGGUGGACCUCGUCUUUGUGGGGAACCCAUUAGAAGAAAAGUAUUCCACUGAAGGCAACUGGUUAGAGGAGGCUACUAAGAGGCUUCCCAAGCUUAAAAAGCUAGAUGGUAACCCCGUCAUCAAACGAGAAGAGGAGGAAGCUGAAGGGGAGAGUUAAUGCAAUUUCUUUUAAUAUUCUAAAGUUGGUGCGUUUUUAUUGUUCAAACACCAGCAUUUUUACUGUUAAAAGUCUGUGCAAUGUUUGCAUUUUUUAUUAUUUAUUAAAAAUUAAGAUAAAAAGCUAAAUCCAUUUUCUUGAGCUUCAACACUAUUUGAAUAGAUUUGAAAAGCACACCGUUGACUCGUGUUUUGUUAGCCUUGGCACAAGCGGAGAUGAACAAUCAAUGGGGUCGUGCUGAAGGACAUACGGGACGAUACUAAUUACUUACACUGUAAAAAGAAUUGUUGCGUGCCAUUGUUACCUCAAACAAUUAUUUCUACUUGAUCUAAACCUUAAAAAUCACUUUAUUAAUUUACUACAACUUAAUUCAGUCAUACUGAAUUGAAUAAUAUUUUUGACUUGAAUAACCAGUUAAUUUACAUGUUACCACAUGAAGGACAUAUUAAAGGUUAAGAAAGUUAAUAACUAAACUUUUUUACAUUGUACUUUUCAGGGUGACCAAUAACAUGUUAAACUGUAACAGUAAAAUGUAAGCCAGUUAUUACAUUAAAGCAAGUACAAAACUGAAUGGAUAGAUGCAUUAAGGGUAUGACAUUGGCUAUAACUGCUUCUUUAGUGGUGCUAUGCUUUAGUCUCUAUUAGGAGGCUACUAAAAAAUAUAUAUGUAUCUGAAGUUUAUUAAUGACUAUAAAAAGGACAACAGUUUUAAUUAAAUGCAUUUUCUAAAAGCAUAUUUUUUGUAAUAAUUUUUUGGACAUACAGUAAGCAAAACUCCUAAUAAUUGGCAGUUAUUCUGUUGUUGUCAUUCCGUUUCAUUCAUAUGCAUGUUAUUAACACACUACACUGUAUGUGUUGCACAAUGAGAGCAAUUUGUAAACACUUUGUAGCAUGUCUCCAUAUAGUAACUUCAGUGUACUGUGGCCAAAUAAAGGCGCUAUAAUUAAUGUUGUAAUUAAAAAGUUAUCUGACUUAGUUUCUUGUUAACAAUUUUAUGAAUGUGAUUUAGAUUUUAUAUUUACAAUCAUUUUUAAGCAUGUUUUAAUGUUUUUGACCCCUCUAUAUGUUAACUGUUUUUGAUUACUGUUUCACAAGAAAAAAAUAAACUAUUUUACUCUUUGCAAAAGUUA